ACUUAACAUCUCGAUGUUCGAUCUGUCCUAAAAACUGUGGAAGUUAAUGGUUGAAAUGGAAUUGAUAUACAACUUUGAAAUUUUUGUAUGUGUGAUAAAAACCAUUAUUUGUAGACUGACACUACAUCAAACAGAAUGUUGAUUGUAAACGUACAGUCCAGACCGUUUCAAUGACCCGAUUUUGAGUACUGAAAUAAGGAAACAGACGUGACGGAAGUGCGAUAUUUUCCGGAAAUCGAACAGUGAGGCAGGCGCUUAGGACGGCAAGACAAAGCGUUAGUUUAUGAGUAUGAUGGUGAGACUUGGGUUUAAAAUCUUCAAGUGAAUAGCAUCUCGGAAAAGUAUAGGACGCGAGAUUUUUUAGGAAAGGACUGGCUAUCAAAAAUGCCGUGACAUACUGUAUUGAUUACGCCUUCUCGUUACCGCAAACAAAACUGAUGAAGAUAACGCAAAAGUAAUAGUAGUGCACAUGAGACCUGACAGAUUGAAUAGUAUGAAAAUUUGCCCCGGAUGAAUUUUAUCGUCUGGUUUUGAAGAACAGUGUUUGUGUUGAAAUGCGUUCAUUUGCCUCAAUGUUAGUUGACACAUCAAGUGAAAGCUAAUAUUAUUUAUUCUUUGAGAGGUGCAGUGAUUUUUUUAUGGGGUUAUGCUUCUCUUGCAGAAAGUCGAGACUAGAAAGUUUAAAAUCCGAACAGUUUUCCGCUUCUGCAACUCCACUCCAUGUUUGCGUGGAAGAGCAAAAGGGACCAGAAAUUGGUUCAUCUUCUAAAGAGAUCUGUCAGUACACAAAAAUGGCUAACACAAUCUCCAACAUAAAAAUGACUAAUCCUGUAAGGAUCCUUGUGAGUAAAAGGAGAAAACGAUAUACGCAGGAUGGAUUUAAUUUGGAUUUGACAUACAUUAAGAGCAAUCUCAUAGCAAUGGGGUUUCCAGCUCAGAAACUUGAAGGUGUGUACCGCAACCACAUUGAUGACGUUGUGAAAUUUCUGGAGUCCAAACACAAAGACCACUACAAGAUCUACAAUCUGUGUUCUGAACGAUCAUAUGAUGUGAGCAAAUUCCAACAGAGAGUGUCUGUUUACCCUUUUGAUGAUCACAACCCUCCCAAAAUGGAACUGAUUGGUCCAUUCUGUGCUGAUGUUCAUGAGUGGCUAUCUCAGGAUCCCAGAAAUGUUGCCGCUGUCCACUGCAAAGCUGGAAAGGGCCGAACAGGUGUUAUGGUUUGCUGCUAUCUGUUGCACAGCAAGCUGUACUCGACAGCAAAUGAAGCACUCAGUUACUAUGCUGGAAUGAGGACGCAUGAUAAAAAGGGUGUUACAAUACCUAGCCAACGCCGGUACGUUGGAUAUUAUGCAACAUUAGUACAAGAAGAAUUAAAGUAUCAUCCUGUUGUGCUCCUCCUUAAGGAGCUUCGUAUAGAACCCUUGCCAAACCUAAAUGGAGGACAAUGUAGUCUCCAGGUAGUGAUCUCAGAUUCAAACAAAUUGAUAUUUACGUCACCUGUAUAUGAAGUCAAGAAAGGUAGUCCAUCUUUCUGCAUACCUUUAGACCAGAGUGUUCGGCUGGAAGGGGACAUAAAAGUGCAGUUUUUUAACAAACCAAAAAUGAAACGAAAGGAGAAGAUGUUUCAUUUUUGGUUCAAUACCUUUUUUGUUCGUGAGGAGAUUCAAGUACCUGAUACCCCUGCCAAUGGGAAUGAGGAUGGGGAUGUAAUCCCACCUCCUGAUAGGUCUAGUAGAGCAAUGAGUUGUGAUGGACAGUCUCACGUAUCGCAACUUCCACUCAGGCAUUCGAGAACAGUGUCACUUGUUUCUUUGGAGCCUGACAUGAAAAUGUUGGUGUUGAGGCUGAACAAAUGGGCAAUCGAUGAGGCUCAUAAAGAUAAACAAAACAAGUUGUACAGUCCAGAUUUUGAGGUGACACUUUACAUGCGCCGUGUACCAAGUGACCUGUCAGCCAGUAAACUUUGGCAGCAUACAGACAUGCAGCAACGAACGCAUUUCCAGGACACCCCUAGUGAGUCCUCUGAGGCUGAAUCCAGUGACUCAGAUUCAGCAGAAGAUGAAGACUGGGAAUCUGCAGGUGGCGCAUCUAAUAUCACAUGCUCAUAAGAGUUUGGAGGAACUUGCACAUGCUGAUGGACGAUGGCAGAAAUAUCUUCAAGCCAUAGUGGAUCAGCAGUAGGAGCUGCAUCACGUCUUCAUGAUUCUUUUACAAACAGUUUUUGCUGAGCAGUGGUUUUCUUUGUCUGAAAAUUAAAACAUGGUGUACCUUUAGCAAUAUCCCAAGUUAUGUAAUUUAUGUGUUGCAAUAUGAUAUGUUCUUAUUUAUUAUAUAUGUGUGAAAAUGCAUUAUCGGCAUAGUAUAUGUAGUCUUGUGUGUGCUCCCAUUUUUGUUUUCAUUUCUCCAUUUAGCAUGUUUCUGCUGUUGGCACAGAUACAUUCAAUUGGGUUAGAUUCAUUACUUUUGAAUGUAAAAUUUGUGCUAUUUGUAGUUGACUGCAUGUGAUAAAGGUUCCUGAAAAUGUGUUGCAAUAACAAUCACACAGAACAUAUAUACAUGGUACAAUAACUAAAUACAUUGUAAUCCUUUUUAUAUAUUCAUCACAUACAUAUUGGAAGAAGCAUUUAACAGUAAUAGUAAUUUCAUUGAAAUGUGUAUAUUUUGUUGUUAUGCAUAAAUGUUUUGUAAAUAUACAAACAUGGUUGAUGUUAGCAAUUCCAGUUUAGUUAUAGAAAUCAGUGUUUUGUUUUUGUUUGGUAAGAUGCUAGGUGAAGUAUGUUCCUCGUUUCCCAAGAAGCACUAGAAUGCUAGAAAAUUAUAAUUAUCUUACAGGUAUUGAAAUAUUUUUGAUUGUUAUGUCAGUGGAGUUGGAAAAGAAAUAUAUUAUUUUUUUAAGAUGGAACUAAUGAAAAUCUCCACUUGGUCAAAAAAUAUAAUUGUGGUCACAAAACAUUUGCAUAGUACUUUUUUUU